CACCCUCUGAAAAAGCAAAUUUCGUUUCUCUCUGACGUACACACACAGAAGCACCGCCGGCAGCCCAGACCCCCAAAUCCUCAUCUACAGAGUAACACGCACUAAACACAGUGAGAUGGAGGAGGCAACGAGUGAGAACGAGGCGAAGCAAGUUGUAACUCGAAUCGGCAAACAACUCGCCGCUUAUAAUAUUUGCCCCAACAAAGACACACUCGUUAAAUUGCUCAAAGAAGCUACAAGUGCUUUCCCAGAGUUAAAACAGUCAGAGUCACUUAAACCAACUAUCAAGCCUCUCAGUGAUUCUCUUGUUAGACAUGGGCUACUUCUCCAUAAAGAUAAAGAUAUCAGGCUUCUGGUUGGCAUUUGUUUCUGUGAAAUCAUUCGGAUCCUGGCUCCAAAUCCUGAUUUUAGUGAUGCGGUUUUCAGGGACAUUUUUAGACUUCUUGUAAGUACUUUUGGAGAGCUUGAGAACAUGAAAAGCCCAUAUUUCUCGAGAUGGGCAAAAUUACUGGACACGGUUGCGCAACUGCAGUUUUGUGUGAUAAUGCUAGACAUUGGAUGUGAAGAUUUAGUUAUUAAAAUGUUCAAAAGCUUCUUCAGUGUAGUGCGGGAUGAUCAUCCUCGAAGUCUGAUUACUUCAAUGUCAUCUAUAAUAACACGCAUUUUGGAGGAGAAAGUAGAGGAGGCUGAUGCUGACCCUCUUAUUUUAGAAGGGAGUGCAUCUCUGCCACUUUUAGAUGUGAUUUUGCACAAUCUUAUUAAGGAAAGAAAGGGUGUAUCUUCUGCUUCUUUUCAACUUGCUGUUUCUGUCGUUCAAAAUUGUGGUGAAAAGCUGGAGCGCUAUAUAUGCAAAUUUUUGAGAUCAUGUAUAUUAAAUAGAGAUGCUGUUGGAAGUGCACUGAAAGAAUUUUACCAUGAAAUUAUACAUGAAAUAUUCCGAUAUGCCCCUCAAAUGCUUUUUUCUGUUGUUCCUAGCUUGACCCAUGAAUUACUGACUGAUCAAGUUGAUGUGCGUAUAAAAGCUCUAAAUUUAAUAAGAAAGCUUCUAGAAUUGCCCGGUCAACAUUUUGCACAAGAAUAUCGCCAUGUGUUUGUUGAGCUCCUUAAUAGAUUUUCUGACAAGUCUGCAGAAGUGAGACUUAGUGCUCUUUCAUGUGCUAAAGCUCUUUACAUGACUAAUCCAUCAGGAAGAGAAUCAGUUGAAGUUCUCUCUGCCAUUGAGGGUCGACUGCUAGAUUUUGAUGAUAGAGUGAGGAUGGAAGCAGUAUCAGUGUUAUGUGAUCUGGUAAAGUCUUACCUAAAUGUGGUGCCUUCAGAAUCAAUAACUCGUGCAGCUGAAAGACUUCGUGAUAAGAAGAUUUCUGUCAGAAGAAAGGCCUUGCAAAAGUUGCUCGAACUAUACCAGGACUAUUGCACAAGGUGUGCUACAGGCAUUGCUUCACUCAAUGACCAUAUAGAACAGAUUCCUUGCAAAAUUUUAGUGCUUUCUUAUGAUAAAGACUGCCAGGAGUUCAGGCCUCAAAGCAUGGAGCUUGUGCUAGUAGAUCUAUUCCCUUCUUCUCUUCAGAUUGAGGAAAGGACAAGGCAUUGGAUCUCCAUAUUCUCACUCUUCAAGUCACCUCACCUUAUGGCAUUGAAAAUCGUUCUUUCUCAAAAACGAAGGCUGCGAGACGAGAUGCAAGUUUACCUAACUCUACGGAAACAAAAAGAGGAGAAUUGCCCUGCAGAAGCUGAAAGGAUAAUUGAGGCGUCAUUUCUGAAAAUGUCAGCAUCCUUUCCAGAUCCUUUGAAAGCAAAAGAUUGCUUUCACAAACUUAAUGAGCUGAAAGAUUGUAGAAUAUUUAGUAUGUUACAGGAGUUUUUAGAAAAAGAGACUACUAUUGAUGUCCAGACAACCAUGGAUGAGUAUUGCAGAAAGACCGGGGAUCAAAAUCUAUCUGAAUUCUUGCAAUUACUUGUCAUGAAGUGCUCGUUUAAUGUAUUUAGCUUUGACCACGUCCGUUGUAUUUUAGAUUGUCUUUCUAGUGACAGAUUUGAGAAUAAGCAUUUGAAGAAUUAUUCUGUUCAACUUCUUUUGACUAUAAUUAGUGCGUUCCCCUCACUUCUGAGAGGCUCAGAGAAGCAGUUCCAGCUUUUGUUAAUUGAAGAGAUCAUCCCAUUUAAUGAACAGCUAAUUGAGAUGUUAGCUAGAGAAGGCUCUCAAAUUUCAAUCAAUCUCAGUGAUAUAUACUCUUCCUUCGAGAAGGUAUGCUUGGAGGGAACUCGCGCAGAGUCUAAACUUACUGUUUCUGCAAUUGCUGCAUUAAUUGGUACAUCCGAGCAGUUGAUUAUCUCGAAGCUGUGCAAGGUCAAGCUAUCUAUUCUUGCUUACCUUACUGCUAAUGAAGUUUUGCUACAUUUAUCAGAUGCCUAUAUCUGUCAAUGUGGGUUGACAUUUCUCCACCAUUCACUAAGAUUCAACUAUGGUCUUAUAGUAUGCACUUGAAGCAUGAAUGUCAAUGCGUUUAUAGGAGUACUAUUUUAUAAUUUUUAUUUCUGUUUCUCUACUACCAUGUAACUGAAUAAGUUUUAAUUUUUAAAGUUUUGUUAUCUUUCUACAUUUUCCUUUCUGUAUUUUGGGGUGCAUGGCUUCUUCUUUGCUUAGUUGAUCGUUAAAACCGUUUUAUUAGAGUUGAAUGGUAGAACGUUUGUGCCUCUUCAUCCUUUUACUUGUUAGGAUUAUCUUUAAGCACUUUUGCUUUUAAAUGACACCUGAAAUAAUGGCAUCAAUGCACAAUAAGCUGGGGUAUUAGUGCAUAUCAGUGUCAUGUACAUAAUUAUACUGUAAACAUAGAAUUGUUUUAUUUCCUUACAUAAAAGAUAUGACACGGGAUGAUGAGGUUCUAACUAGGAAAGGGAUGUGAUUAGAAGAUUAGAUAGAAAUAGUUAUGUUGUAAUAAAGGGGCUGUAAUUAGGGAUGAAACUUCUAUUUAAUAAGAAACUCUCAAUUGAGAGGCAUUGAGACAAAUUCUACAAUUCCAACAUGGUAUUAGAGACUUAAACAUAGAAAUUUAUUUCAGUUUCUGGGAUUUCUCUUGGGUCAGCUGAUCAGAAAAUUUGAUUUUCUUGAUUUCCUCUGGCUUUGACAAUUUCUGGUGGUCUUAUCUUUGGGAGUUUUGAGUAUAAGGCAGUUAACUCCCUUCUGAUUGUUCUUCUUGGUUGCCAUCGACCUCUGUAACUGUUGGAUUCUUUUGCUGGAUCGUGGGCAAAUUGCGGUGGCAUCUUCAUUUGGUGAUCAGUUGCCAACUCGUGAGCUGCAAUUGUUGUGGUUAUCGAUUGCUCAUUUGGUUGUCGGCAUUGAGUUAGAUUUUGGUUUCUUUUUCGGUGAGCAAUCGUUCAUCUGAUCGCCGACAUUGUAGGCGUAGAUUGUGGGCUGCAGUUUCCUUUAUUUUUGAAAUUGUGAAGGGGGUUGGGCUACCGUUGAAAGGAUCGCGGGCUGCUGCAUUCUUUUGGUGCUGAUAUAAUUUUUUGCGCUUCUUUUGUUUACGGCUGUAAGAAAAUUUUUUGGGCUACUGUUUGGGCUGUCACUGCUGUUUAAUUGGCUGUUAUUUUGAGAGAAAUUGUGUUGGCCUGCUAUAAUGUCGAACAAAAAUAUUGUCGUCCGUUUUAACGGAAAAAAUUACUUCAUAUGGGAGUUUCAGUUCAAGAUGCUUAUAAAAUGCAUAGAACUGUGGGGCCACUUGGAUAGGUUAUCUAUGACUCUUGUGGAGAUAAAAGGGAAAGAACAAUGGGAAGGUGCAGAUGCUCGCAUUAUCUUGUAGAUUUUGGGAGCAAUUGGACCUCAUAUGGUAUCCAAUCUUCCCCCAUUCAUUGUCUCAAAUGUUUCUUACAAUCAAGAAAACUCCGCUCCAAAGUUCCAGUUGGAAUUAGAAAUUGCACGAUACAAUCAGGGUAAUCUUUUGAUUAAUCAAUUUUAUGCUGGUUUCCUUAAUCUAUGGAGCGAAAUCUCAGGCAUAAUUCAUUCCAAGGCUCUCAAGGAAGCAUUAGUUGCCUUAUAGGAAAUUCAAGCAGAAAAUCAAAGGGGUCAAUUUCUUAUGAAGCUUUGAUCGAAAUUCGAAACUAUUCGGGCUAGUCUACUCAACCUCAAUCCUGUUCUUUCGUUGGAUUUCUGUC